CCACGUGGUACGAGUACGCAGAAAAGUAAACAAACAUUUUCUAUGUUUACAUUUUCCUUAUCAGUCUUGUGUGGUUGCUUACAUCAGAAAAGAUCGGUUCGUGAGUUGAUGUUGUUCUUGGUUCUAACUUUGGUUCAAAAUGCAAAUAAAUUCCUCAAUGUAUCGUCUCUAAAUUUGUGUAAUUUUUUCAUAAAAAAAAAAACCAUCCAAUUUGAACUUUGAAGAAAAUCUUGUUUAGUGUGAUUUUGUGUUGUUAAGUGGAAAGGAAAGAUGCAGGGAUCAUUCUUGAGCAAACCAUCUCUUUCGUACGUGAAAAAUUAUGGAUCAUCUUUAAUGAAACUGUAUGGUCAACGUUGCUCAGUCGUGUUAUCAGUUAGCAAAAUUCAUACACCAGCAGAAUUCAUUGAUCAUUCCAGAAACACAACACACAGGCAAUGGACCGACACCCAUCAGAUAUCAAAUGUGUUACCACAUUUCUGGAAUGGUACUGGUACUGGACUUGGUAAUGGGCAGUGCAAUAAGUUCAUUUCGUUUUCACCAAUGCCACUAAACCACGCUUGUCGUGUGUACAGCACAAAGAGUGGGAAUAAUUAUGACGAUGGGAUUGAUUAUAAGAAAAAAUAUUUCGACUUAUUGAACGCAAUCGAAAGAAAAGAAGCGGAAGAUGCGAGAAAUGAAGGGGAAGAUGCAAGAAAUGAAGAGGAAGAUGCAAGAAAUGAAGAGGAAGAUGCAACAGAGGAAGCGGAAGAAGCGGACGAUGCAACUUCAAGAGAGAAUGCGGAAAUAAUUGAAGAAAUACGUAAAGUAUAUCGCGUAUUGAUUGGUCCUGAAGUUUAUGACCUUAUGGAUCCUUCUGAAGCCGAUGAGAUAGGUCGUAAGCUGGUACAUAAACGUUGUCAAAAAGUCCCAAUUGGGGAAGAUGUAACAAAGGAAACGGAAGAUGCAAGAAAUGAAGAGGAAGAUGCAACAGAGGAAGCGGAAGAUCCAGAGAGGGCGGAAUUAAUUAAAAAAAUACGUAAAUUAAAUCGCGUAUUGAUUGGUCCUGAAGUUUAUGACCUUAUGGAUCCUCUUGAAUCCGAUGAGUUAGCUGAAAAGCUGAUAAAUAAAAGCGAAGCCACCGACGGUUGUACCUAAUAAGAAAACGCACGAAUGUUUUUCAACCGAGUGAUUUUGAUCGACGAACAGCGCUUAGGAAAAAAUGUAUUGGCCUUCAUCAAUUUCAAAAAUGAGAAGGAAAUCGCGAAAAUAAUCCGUAAAAAUGUUUUUCUCCCUCUUUUCAACUAUAGGUAAAUUUUUGUGUGUUUGUUAAAAAUACUUUUCAAUUUUAUUAUUGUCCAAGUUCCUAUCUGAAGAUUUUCAAACAUCUCGCUGAUACUGUGAUUCGUGAAUAUACUUUAUUGAAAUUUUCCAAUUGUGAGUUUUUAUCCUUCAACUUCAAGAUGAUUCUUUGGAAAAAAAUAUAUAUAUUUGCAAAA